GCCCCCCGCCCCAGCCCCGGAGGGAGCUCAUGGGAGUAUGAAGGAGAUGGUAGGAGGCUGCUGCGUAUGUUCGGACGAGAGGGGCUGGGCCGAAAACCCGCUGGUCUACUGUGAUGGGCACGCGUGCAGCGUGGCUGUCCACCAAGCUUGCUAUGGCAUCGUCCAGGUGCCAACAGGACCCUGGUUCUGCCGGAAAUGUGAAUCUCAGGAGCGAGCAGCCAGGGUGAGGUGUGAGCUGUGCCCACACAAAGAUGGGGCAUUGAAGAGGACUGACAAUGGAGGUUGGGCCCAUGUGGUGUGUGCCCUCUACAUCCCUGAGGUGCAGUUUGCCAACGUGCUCACCAUGGAGCCCAUCGUGCUGCAGUAUGUGCCUCAUGAUCGCUUCAACAAGACAUGUUACAUCUGCGAGGAGCAGGGCCGGGAGAGCAAGGCAGCCUCGGGAGCCUGUAUGACCUGUAACCGUCAUGGAUGUCGACAAGCUUUCCAUGUCACCUGUGCCCAAAUGGCAGGCCUGCUAUGUGAGGAAGAAGUGCUGGAGGUCGACAAUGUCAAGUACUGCGGCUACUGCAAAUACCAUUUCAGCAAGAUGAAGACUUCCCGGCACACCAGCGGGGCAGGUGGGGGAGCAGGAGGAGGAGGAGGAGGCAGCAGCACCGGGGGAGGUAGCAGUGGCUUCAUCACUGGCAGGAGAAGCCGGUCCUCCUCACCACCCACCCAGCAGGAGAAGCACCCUUCCCACCACGAGAGGGGCCAGAAGAAGAGUCGAAAGGACAAGGAACGCCUUAAACAGAAGCACAAGAAGCGGCCUGAGUCACCCCCCAGCAUCCUCACCCCUCCCAUGGUCCCCACUGCUGACAAGGUCUCCUCAGCUUCUUCCUCCUCUCACCAUGAGGCCAGCACUCAAGAGACCUCUGAGAGCAGCAGGGACUCGAAGGGGAAAAAGUCUUCCAGCCAUAGCCUGAGUCACAAAGGGAAGAAGCUGAGCAGUGGGAAAGGUGUGAGCAGUUUCACCUCCGCCUCCUCCUCCUCUUCCUCCUCUUCCUCCUCCUCUGGGGGGCCCUUCCAGCCUGCAGUUUCGUCCCUGCAGAGCUCCCCUGACUUCUCUGCCUUCCCCAAGUUGGAGCAGCCAGAGGAGGACAAGUACUCCAAGCCCGCGGCCCCCACCCCUUCAGCACCCCCCUCUCCCUCAGCCCCUGAGCCUCCCAAGGCUGACCUCUUUGAGCAGAAGGUGGUCUUCUCUGGUUUUGGGCCCAUCAUGCGCUUCUCCACCACCACCUCCAGCUCAGGCCGGGCCCGGGCCCCAUCCCCUGGGGACUAUAAGUCUCCCCACGCCUCGGGGUCUGGGGCCUCAGCAGGCACCCACAAGCGGAUGCCCACACUGAGCGCUGCCCCUGCGCCUGCUGAGGAGACCCUUGAGACAGGCCUGAAGGAGAAGAAGCACAAAGCCAGCAAGAGGAGUCGACAUGGGCCAGGCCGUCCCAAGGGCAGCCGGAACAAAGAGGGCACUGGGGUCCCAGCUGUUCCCUCACUGCCUGGUGCCCAGCUGGCUGGCUUUACUGCCACUGCUGCCUCACCCUUUUCCGGAGGUUCCCUGGUCAGCUCUGGCCUGGGUGGUCUGGCCUCCCGCACCUUUGGGCCUUCGGGGAAUCUGCCCAGCCUGAGCCUGGAGUCUCCCCUGCUCGGGGCAGGCAUCUACACCAGUAAUAAGGACCCCAUCUCCCAUGGUGGCGGAAUGCUGCGGGCUGUCUGCAGCACCCCCCUCUCCUCCAGCCUGCUGGGGCCCCCAGGGACCUCAGCCUUGCCCCGCCUCAGCCGCUCCCCAUUCACCAGCACCCUCCCCUCGUCCUCUGCUUCUAUUUCCACCACUCAGGUGUUUUCUCUGGCUGGCUCUACCUUUAGCCUCCCUUCUACCCACAUCUUUGGAACCCCCAUGGGUGUCGUUAACCCCCUCCUCACCCAAGCAGAGAGCAGCCACACAGAGCCAGACCUGGAGGACUGCAGCUUCCGGUGUCGGGGGACCUCCCCCCAGGAGAGUCUGUCUUCCAUGUCCCCCAUCAGCAGCCUCCCCGCACUUUUCGACCAGACAGCGUCCGCACCAUGCGGGGGCAGCCAAUUAGACCCAGCAGCCCCCGGAACGACUAACAUGGAGCAGCUGCUGGAGAAGCAGGGCGACGGCGAGGCCGGCGUCAACAUAGUGGAGAUGCUAAAGGCGCUGCACGCUCUGCAGAAGGAAAACCAGCGGCUUCAAGAGCAGAUUCUGAGCCUGACAGCCAAGAAGGAGCGGCUGCAGAUUCUCAACGUGCAGCUCUCUGUGCCCUUCCCUGCCCUGCCUGCCGUCCUGCCUGCCGCCAACGGCCCUGUCCCUGGCCCCUAUGGCCUGCCUCCCCAAGCCGGCAGCAGCGAUUCCUUGAGCACCAGCAAGAGCCCCCCUGGGAAGAACAGUCUCGGCCUGGACAACUCGCUAUCCACGUCUUCCGAGGACCCACACUCAGGCUGCCCCAGCCGCAGCAGCUCGUCGCUGUCCUUCCACAGCACGCCCCCACCGCUGCCCCUGCUCCAGCAGAGCCCUGCUACUCUGCCCCUGGCCCUGCCUGGGGCCCCUGCCCCGCUCCCGCCCCAGCCACAGAACGGCCUGGGCCGGGCACCCGGGGCGGCGGGGCUGGGGGCUGUGCCCAUGGCUGAGGGGCUGUUGGGGGGGCUGGCGGGCAGCGGGGCCCUGCCCCUCAAUGGGCUCCUGGGGGGGUUGAAUGGGGCUGCCGCCCCCAACCCUGCGGGCUUGAGCCAGGCUGGCGGGGCCCCCACGCUGCAGCUGCCAGGUUGUCUCAACAGCCUAACGGAGCAGCAGAGGCACCUCCUGCAGCAGCAAGAGCAGCAACUGCAACAGCUCCAGCAGCUCCUCGCCUCCCCACAGCUGACCCCGGAACACCAGACCGUUGUCUACCAGAUGAUCCAGCAGAUACAGCAGAAGCGGGAGUUGCAGCGGCUACAGAUGGCCGGGGGCUCCCAGCUGCCCAUGGCCAGCCUGCUGGCAGGAAGCUCUACCCCGCUGCUGUCUGCGGGCACUCCUGGCCUGCUGCCCACAGCAUCUGCCCCACCCCUGCUGCCUGCCGGAGCCCUGGUGGCUCCCUCCCUCAGCAACAACACAAGUCUCAUGGCUGCAGCAGCUGCGGCUGCAGCAGUAGCAGCAGCAGGCGGCCCUCCAGUCCUGACUGCCCAGACCAACCCCUUCCUCAGCCUGUCGGGAGCAGACGGCAGUGGCAGUGGCCCCAAAGGAGGGAAGCUGAACCAGAGGCGGGAUAUCUCCUCCUGGCUGGCCAAAUGGUUCCCCAAAGUCCCAGCCAAGUCCGUGGUGGCCCUGAAAACACCCAUCAAGAUGGAGCUGGUGGCAGGGAAAACCUACAGGUGGUGUGUGUGUGGCCGUAGCAAGAAGCAGCCCUUCUGCGAUGGCUCCCACUUCUUCCAACGCACUGGCCUCUCCCCACUCAAGUUCAAGGCCCAGGAGACCCGCAUAGUGGCCCUAUGCACCUGCAAGGCAACUCAGAAGCCCCCAUACUGUGAUGGCACCCACAGGAGCGAGCGGAUACAGAAGGCAGAAGUGGGCUCCCCACUGAGUGGGUAGCUGCUACCCAGCCCCAGGCCUUUCUGACAGGCACAUCCUUUGUGGGAAAGUGAGUGCCAAGCCCAAGAAGGAAUCAUCCAGGGACCCCAGUACCCACAGCCUGCUUGUAAAGGACUUGCAAGCCAUCACCUGAGGUUUCCAAUCUGGAGCAGCCGGAAACAGGCCCCUGGUUCAACGUCUGCUGGUGGAGAUGUCAUUAAACAGGCAUGCCUGCCCAGAGCGGUA